AUGAAUGAUGAAGCUCGUUUAGCUGUCUUGCAUGCCCACAAUAAAUACAGAUCUAAAUUGGCAUGUGGGGAAGUUACAGAUGCUUCUAACAAAACUUUGCCUGGGGGAAUAUUUCAUAAAUUUGUUAGUUUUUUGGAGUUUAUUGAGCUAUUCCUCUCGCACGCUCAUUUUUUCCGAAAUAUCAGGUUCCUCUCUGAUCUAGUGUUUUGGGUAUGUUCCUCUCUGAUCAGUUUCCUUUCUGAUAAAGUUUUACCAAAAUGA